UUAGCAAUUGAUUAUCUAUUAAAAUUUGGCUCCAGUUUUGAGAUUUUAUAGCUCAAAAACUGAAAAAAGGUCAAAUUUCAGAAUUUUUCAAGGUCAAAUUUCAACUUGCAUUAAUUCGACCAAAUCUUUUUUAAAAAUCAUCUACAAGUUGUCUGGAGUUCAUAUAUGAUCUUAAAUUUGAUAUUUAACCUUUAGUUGACCUUCUAAUUGGCAAUGCCUACAGGGCCUCCGUAAGAUUGCUUGCAAUCUUCUAGUUUUGCAUCAAACAAUGACAUUGAGAAGCUUUACUGAUGGAGAUUGGAUUAAACAGCAACAGGUCGGACGGAGUGGAAUAUAUAAGCAUGAUAAAUGAUAGUAGAACUGAGUUCAUUGUCAAUACGAAUCUGUCAAUGGCAUCAACUGUUACUUUCCCAGUAGAGAACACUUUUAACAACUCUCAAUGGACUGAUGAUGGCGCGUUUUACGAAGACGAAUAUCAUCAUGUAGGCUUACUACCAAUCGUAAGAGCAUUGAACCAGUACGUUCAACCUUUUAUCAUUGUGCUGGGACUUUGUGGAAACGCAUUAGUGUUUUUAAUCUAUGGUCUGGGAUAUCAACGAAAACAGUCAUCGAGUGUAUAUUUGGCGACCAUAGCGCUCUCAGACAGUGGAUUUCUUUUAACUCUACUAGGAUCUUGGUUAGAAACUUGGGGUGUGCCAGCGUUCAAUACGAAUGUAUUGUGUCAAUUAAACAUAUAUUUAUCCUAUAUUUGGGCGUUUAUCUCCGUUUGGUCGUUGGUGUGUUUCUCAGUGGAGCGGUUUAUCGCUGUUUUCUAUCCCUUCAAACGCGACAGGGUUUGUACUGUGCGACGUGCGAAGAUAGUUGUUUGUGUCGUUACCAUAGUUGCAUUGCUAGGUUACAGCUGCGCUUUGUGGUCCAACAAAGUCAGGAAUUUCGGUGGUAAUAAAAACUUAUGCGCUCCUGACCCCAAUUGGCCUCGUAUUCUCCAAAUAUUGACACAUGUUGAUAUGGUGAUGUCAUUCGCCAUUCCUUUGAUAGCUAUCAUGGUACUUAACAUAAGUAUCUGCGUGAAGAUAACGCGGUUCUACCGCAGCCAAAAAAGACCAAUGGCGCAGACGAGGUUCACUCCGGGUGGAGCACCGCAGACACGAAUUAUACUACGUAGGCAUACGUCUGGUGGAUCGAGAACGGAGGAUUCUAUGAAUAAUGCGAUUCAGAUGAAGGUUACCAUAGUACUGGUCGUGAUCUCUGUGGCUUUUAUAAUACUAAAUCUCCCGACGAAUGUACUACGCCUAGUCAUGUUAUUUUCGGCGCUUGGUCACAGAGACCUAACGUUAUUACACGACGGACAAAUCCUUUUACAGCAAAUUUUCCAGAUUCUGUACUACACCAAUUAUGGCAUUAACUUUUUCCUUUAUUUGGGGUUUUCCAAACAAUUCAGACAUGCCUUUACGAAAUAUUUUAAGAUGUACAAGGAGCGGUUCGGAACAUGUUGGCUGAAAUUGAAGCGAAGGCGAUUUCACUCUAGGAGGCGUCAAUCGAGUCGGACUUCAAGAACCAGUGUAAAGACUCUAACAUUUAACCUUACAGCCGACGAACACUUGAAAAAACGUAAUAGUAGACCGAGUCUGAAGUUCCGAGACUAGCGGAAAGAUUACAUCUUUUUCAUUACAAAAAACUAUUUAAUCAGAAGGAAUUCAACUGAUCCAGUGCCAUACUAUACAUCUUCCGUUUAUUAAGUGAUUAACUCCUGCAACGCACAAUAGCGCUGUUAAGUCGUUCAUCAUUAUUACGAUCAGAUUAUUUGUUAUUUUCAUAAACGCAUCUCGUGAAAUCCGACUUUGGGAUCUUUUGUAGAAUGGAAUUUCACGGACUUGAAAAAUGUAUAAGUUAACCGAUUAGAUCUCUUUUCUAUUAAUAUAUUUUAUUCACAAAAAUUCAG